GUUUGAUGGAGGCCAACACGUAAAACGAGUACCCACGCAGAAGAGGGUGUGUCUUCGCGCACAGAGAAUAGUUCUCUUGCCUGCAUUCAUAGUCUAGUCAAAGCGAAGCUACUUCUCCGUGCGAACGGGAUCUGUACCCUACUGUGUUUGGGUUUUACCUCAUGAAACGGGAAAUUUUAUCGAAGUAGAAAUAGAAACAACUCACUUUCGUUCAGUGCGGUUUGUAGCUGAAACGACUUUUGGGGAGGGUGAGGGGAGACGUUUAGAUUCGUAAAUGUUAUUUAUGUUUCGCUUAUUUAUUUUCUGUUAUUGCGACGCGCGUCUCUCUUUCCCCGUCACUUGGGGGAACAGUCUUUGCUAGGGUUGCGAGUUCGUCUGCAAGACUCUUAAGUUUAGUUUGUCGCCAUGGGGGAUGUCAUUUCCUCACACCUGGAUGAAGGCAAGCGUCAGAUGAUUGCAGGUCGGACGCGGGAGGUGACGGAGGAGUUCAGCCGGCUGUACGAGCAGCAGUACGCUGUGGCCCUCUUCAACAAGGUGCGCUUUGAGAUAGAGGGGAACGGCGGACCCCAGUCCCAACUGCUGCACCGCAAGGACCCACUGCAGGAUAAGAACAUCUUCUCCGGGAACCUGUUCCAGUGUCUGGAGAACAGGAAAUGGCGGAACCGCUACUUCUUCAUACCGGACUCGUACAACAUCUACUACUACGAAAAUAAGAUGGCCCACGAUAGGGGACUGCACCCCAAGGGCAUCAUCAAGUGCGCCGGGUACAGAGCGCUGACCUCUGUGGAGGAGUACAUGGAGCUCAUCAGCAACAGCCUACCAGGCGUGAAGGCCAAAGCGAGCUCCUCUCCGUUCCUGAAGUGCGCGACCCAGCACUGCAUCAUCCUGUGGCACCCGUACGCCUGCCACCACUACUUCUGCGUGAUGACGGAGAAGGAGCAGGCCAAGUGGCAGGCCGUCUUCCAGGACUGCAUCCGGCACACCAACAACGAACUUUCGGAGGAGGACAAGGUGCAGACCCCGGCCUUCACGGACGCGGUGCGGCUCUACCGGCAGGCCCGCGGCCAGUACGGCACCUGGGACAUGAUGUGCGGGGAGCCCCCGCAGAUCCUGGCUAACCUGGUGAUGGAGAGCCUCCACCCGGAGCUGAGGGACCAGAUUGGCCCUCGUCUGAAGGGCAAACUGCAGCAGAGACAGAGGUCCUGGAUGCUGAUCUCGGACGCAGUGUACUCGCUGGUGCUGGGCCAGACGCGGGCGCAGUACGAGGCCACUGUGCAGAUCUGCGAGUCGCGGCGCCCCCCUCUGGAGGCCGCCCUGCGCACCGACAUGGACCAGAUCAUCACCUCCAGGGAGCACGUCGCCGGGAAGAUCCGCAGUGUGGUCCAGCCCAAGGUGGAGCAGGUGCUGAAGGUGAGCGUCCGACCGUACAUCAGCUCCAUCCUGGAGGCGCUGAUGGCGCCCACCAGCGGCGGGUUCUCCGAGGUGCGGGACGUCUUCUCCCUGGAGCUGGUGGAGAUGAACAAAAACAUCCUCAACGAGGGGAACAAGGACAGGCUGGGCGAGCACAUGGAGAAGAUCUCCAUGCUGGCGUUCCACCCGGUGAAGAUGCAGAGCUGCUAUCAGGAGGUGGAGAAGAUGCAGCUGGAGGGCCUCCAGGAGCGCUUCGACGUGUCCAGCCCCUCCGUCUUCAUCCAGAGGGCGCAGAUCCUCAUGAGGGGGCAAAUGGACAACGCGGUGUACACCUUCGAGCAGCUCCUGCACCAGAACCUGGAGAGCGCGGGGGAGGAGCACAUGUGCAAGGCCAUUCAGCGCUGCCAGGACAGGGUCGUUAAGAAGUUUGACUACGACAGCAGCACGGUGCGGAAGAAGUUCUUCAGAGAGGCCCUGCUGCAGAUCCUCAUCCCCUACCUGCUGAAGCAGCUGUCUCCGUCCUGCGCGGGGGAUCUGCCGCGCUUCCAGGAGCUGAUCUUUGAGGACUUCUCUCGGUUCAUCCUGGUGGAGAAUGUGUUUGAGGAGGUGGUGCUGCAGUCUGUAAUGAAGGACAUCACCAUGGCUGUGAAGGAAGCAGCCGUCAUGAGGAGGCAUAACCUUUUCCGGGACAGCAUGGUGCUGAAGGGCAGCGACCUUAACCUGCACCAGCUGGCGGAGGAGCCCGCCGUGGACUGGGCGGGGCAGUACGGGGGCGAGGAGGCGGGGGGCGGGACCGCGAAGAGGCGCAGGCAGGUGGUGUCCAUGGUCCUGCUGGACGAGCAGCCCGGCCUGCUGCACGAGUCCUGCCUGGACAUCCCAGGAGUGGAGAGGAUCCCCGAGGAGGGGGAGGGGGAGCGGGAGGGGGAGGAGCACAGCCCGAGCCCCAGCGUGGACACGCCCACCUCUCCGCGCAGCGCGAUCGAGAUCCGAAGCGCAGACACGCCCGGCGCCCCGCGCAGCGUGAUGGAGAUCCUGAAUGCAGCCGCGCCCACCUCUCCACGCGGCGUGAUCGAGAUUCCAAACGCAGACGCGCCCCCCUCUCCAGGCGGUUUGAGCCAGAUCCGUGACCUCAUCAACCCCAAAGUGGAGGUGACUGUCCCCGCCUCUCAGGUGGACUCCACCCCCCUGGCCAAUGGGGUGCUCCCAGCGGCAGCCAGCCCCAGCGAAGCAGGGUCCACCUGCCACCCCGACGACAGCGGCUUCCAGUCCCUGACCAAUGAGGCCACGGAUGAGGAGGAAGCUCAGCCAAUCACAGAGGCCCUGAAGCAGGCAGGAUGCACCGUUGCCGACCCAGAGAGGGUGGUUGUGACACUGGAGCAGGGAGAUGCUGAAACGGGAGAGAAGCGUUCUGGGAAAGUGACCGAACUGGAGCCAGACAUUGUGUUUACCAUUUGAGCGGGUGUUCACAUGGGUGAAAUUAAGACUGAAAACCCAGGUCAAAACUUUAUUUUAUGGAAACACAAAAAUGCUAAUUAGACCAUUUAAAAAAAAAAUCUGCAUCGCUCAUUAUUAUUAUUAUUUUUUUUUAAUGAAAGUCGGUGGUGACCAAGUAUGUAAUUUACUGUCUUACUUUUCUGUGUAACCCGUAUUACCCAGAAUCUUAUUUGCCAAAAGUUUAAAAGGCUUUGCCUAGUUUUAGCCAACUGCAAAAUUAAGCUUUUAAAUUGUGAACAUGAUCGCGCCUAUCCCAUUUAUAUUCCAUGUCCUGCAUUAUGUGAGACCAUAACUCAGACGGGUUCCAGCCUGAUGCCCUCAUUUUAAGGGCUAAUUCUAGAGUAAAGAUCCAUUGCUUCCCCCGUCGGCACAAAUCAGUAUGCUAAAGGCAUCGGGGAUUUGCAGAUGAAAUCCUGAAGCGUCACGACACCUUCAUUUCCUGGCGCGGUCGCUGCGGUUGAACCGAACGCAUAAAUAAGCGGGAGUCUGGCGUACCUGCGGAACCUGGUGAGCGGCGCUACAAAAUUCGGAUGGCCACAGACUGGUCCUUCAACAUCCUUUGGAAGAGAGGCGACGCUUCCUGAGUGGGCUCGGUUGGGUGCAGCGUUCAGUUUGGUCAGAAAACAGCCACUACAGCAGGGGUGCACAACUCCGGUCCUGGAGGGCCGGUCCACUUGCUGGUUUUUGUUCCAACCAGUCACCUCAGUUUUGAGUUCUCUGACAGCUCUAUAAACUUACGCUGGUUCACUCCUGUACUUGAGCACAGUGAAAUCUCUAGGACACACUUGCAGUCUGCGGCUGUAGCUGGUGCCUGUACAAAUUUCAGAUCAAGAUAUGACUGGGCUAAUUAAAUAAUUAAGAGCUGAAGUUGGCGCGAAAUCCUGAAACGGAUCGGCCCUUGUUGUGCAGUCCUGCACUGCAGUGAGUCGGGUGUUAUGUUCUGUAAUGGCUGGCAAAGAGAACGCCUGAUGACAUAACAUUACGCAAUGUUCUCGGCCCCACAAGCCUGCAAGUAAACACAUUCGCCGUGGUCUUAAAUAUACCAGCUUGCAAACUGUUGAUAUUCUAGGAGAAUAGCCCAGUCAGAAACGCCUCGCUCAGUGGAAUUGCAAACUGAAAAAAUGUGUUUAGUCGUAAAUGAUGUAAUAUUUAUUGGAUUUUUUUUUCUGCAUUUCAGUUUGGAAACAUUGACGUCAUGUACAGUUAUGAAGCAGAGGUCUGACUCGGAAAGAAAGUUUCAGUGCGGAUUUUGUACAUGCACAUAUAUAUAUUCUAUAUUAUUAUUAUUGUUAUUAUUAUUAUUGCAAUUUCUAACUUGCUACCUGGUUUUAUCGAUACUAGCUACUCGCUGAAAGGACCAGUGUGUGCCAUUGAUGAGCUUUCUGGUGUGUUGUACUGCAGUGUGACGAAUACAAUCCGCUAUCUAUCGUAAGACGUAAUGUUAUUUAAGUUGUAAGCUGCUGUUUGUGUGUUUGAGACCCCUCAUGGUUAUAUUUUGUGAGUAUGGAGGUGUGCACGAAGACAGGAAGAGUGCAUCAGGUCGUAGCGUCUUUCGCUGUCCGUAGUCGUAGUUAAAUUUUGCGGGCAUUCGGGUUCCCGGACUGCUCGUUGUGAGCAGGCCUGAAACAGCACAGAAUUCCGCGUCCUUCCCAGCAGGCCGAGGGACUCUGAAGGGGGGUACCCGUGUCAACUUUGGCGAUUAGACUGCCAAAUUUACUUUUCACAGACUCUCUUAUGCGGCUCAGUGUCAACAUGUUUUUUUUUUUUUUUUGUUGCCCGUCCUAUCCCUGAGCUUCCCGAUUGCUGAUGGAGUACAAGGCCACGCCCCUCUGAGUGGCGUGUGGCCAUUGGCCGGGGAGUCCCACGAGGAACAGAGGGGUUGCCGGGUUACGGUUGUGAUGGUAACCCGAGCUCCUGCUUCUGGAGCUGCAGGUAUUCGUAUUGUUUAUGGUGUUUUGUUUUUGGAGGUCUUGGCUCUCUCUCCGGUUGAGCUGUGCUUAUGAACUUUUGUAGACCAGAGUAAUACCUUUUCAGUGAGCCUAAGAGCCACAUCAUCACACUAGCACAAUCUGGGGGGUCCUUUUGUGAUUUAAGCACAUUUUAACACAGAAUUUUCUUGCUGGAUUUCCUUAUUUAGGUAUACAGGUUCUGUAGAUCUAAUUUUAUCUGUUUCACCAUGUUUUAUUUGGAGAUUUAAUCACCAACUCUGGUGUUGCAUCAUUAUGUUGUGGACAAUAUGGUAGUUUAGUAGUAGCUGGCAAUGAAAUAAAUAAAACACUAAAGGAAUAUGUGUGAGUUUUUUCUCAACCAGUGUUUUACUGGUACUGCAGGUAUUUAAUAUCUCAGUCGUUUACCUGCCUGUGUGGACAAACGUUGACACCGCAAGUCUCUCAGGUUCCUGAAGGAAUGUCACUUAAAACCCCACUGGAAGAGUGUUCACCUGGGUACGAAAAGCAUAGCAUACAGCAAACAUGUACAUGGUAUUUCACAAUACAGACUUAAAUGCUUUGUAUAUCCGACAAAACACCAUCACUGGGUCUGAAUCUAUCAUACAACAACCCAGAAUAACCAUGAGUGAGAUUUGAGUGGCUUUUGAGUGUCAGUGGUGAUCUGGCACAGAUGCAGCUGUAGAGGAAUGAGAAGUUGGGCGCCCCCUGGUGGUGUGGAGAACCACAGAGGUGGUGUUGCGAGGUUGCAGAGCUGGAGAAUAGGAGGUGUGUGCCGAUGAACAGUUGGACGAAGGUUGACGUAGUGUUACUCUUGGCUCUAGAGUUCAUGAGUGGGAACCUUUAUCAUAGAAUACCUUCAAACUGUCAGCACAAUGUAAAAAUAGAGAUAAGUCUUGGGAGUGUAUUUCUUUUGGCUUCGUUUCAGAUUGAAAUAAGAAUCUAAUGGAAGGAAGCUGAGAAUAAAUCUAACACUAUCCAUAGGUAGAUUACUGAUACGUCCCCUGUACUAAGGCUGAGGCAUUUUCCUGACAUACAGUAGCACCAUGCCCCCCCCCCCCCCCAAAACAGUAGCGAAGUUGCAGAUAAUUUAUAUUGUUUUUCUUUCGAUAACCAAAGCUUUUAUUUCUGAGACUGUCAUGUUGAGUUAAGACACUUUAUGAACAGGCCAAGCAGUGGGCAGCUAUGGGCUUUACCUUUAUUCAAAGUGACUCAGUCAUUUUUCAUCUAGCGCAACCAGACUCUCAUCAUUUUAAAACUUACAAACCUGUAGCGAAAGUGGAUGUUUUGUUUUGACAUGCGUCUUAUGAAAUGUGAAAGUUUCUAGGUUUACUGUCUGAGCAAAUAAAUCAUGUGAUCAUC